UCGUUUUGGACCAAUACGGGCACACUUUUGGGUUGCCGAGAGUAGGCGGGAUUUCCUUGCGAGUUUAGCAUUGCGGCCUCUGCUGAAGGACACCGAUUCAUUCUGUUUGCAAGGGUCGAGUCUUAGAGGACCAUCAACAAUCAAUAAUGGGAGCACACGACGCCGGAGGCCAACAGUUCACUGGCAUUGCCAAGUACUUCAACUCAUACACAAUCAUAGGAAGGAGGAAUUGUGUUAUAGUCACAUACGCCAGCCUACUAGCCAUUGGCCUCUUCUUCAAAUUGAAGCCCAAGAAACAGGCUGCCAUCACAGAAAAGUGAUCAUGUGUCCAUUCUGACCACCAUUUCUAACCGCUUGGAGGAGAGAAAGCAGCUGGACAUGCUUGUAAAAAAAUUACUGUUUGGUUUCCCUAUGUAAACAAUAAAGAACAUUUAUGCCCAAAACAUAGAAAA